GUUUUCUAAUUCUAGUUUUCCGACAAGGCCCCCGCCCCCACCAAGUUUGUUUCCAAUUCUGAGAACUCGAGCCCCGAUUCUUGAUGCGCGCGAGUCGAUUGGCGCUGACUGGCGCGUUUGCCAUUGUCGCCCUGCUGGGACUCUUCUGGCUGAGACAGCCGCAGCCGCCAUCGUCGUCGUCGCAGCAUGGUGAUGACGGCCAUUCAGCUGCAGCGGAUUCAACGCGUGAUGGUGAUUUGGCCGCCGAGCUCGCCUCGUGGCGCGUGCAUUGGCCGACGACCGUCCACAGCGACCCGCUGAGCGUGCGUGCUGCCGUCGGGAGGCCUGCUGCAUGGACGUACCUCGAUUCGCAGUGCUCCAGCCCGGCGAUCUGCGAGUCGCUGCUCGAGAACGCGCCCUGUCCCGACGGCCCGACGCCCGCACUGACGCCCAGCGAUCCGCGGUUUGGCAACCACCCAGAGCUCAACCUGCCAAGGUGCUCGUAUCGCCGCAUUGCGUCGUGCUUCCCGCGGGACUUGCAGACGUGCUUUGCGCGGAGAUUGCUGAGCAACCACUGGCUCGUCAUUGUCGGCGAUUCCGUCACGAGGAACACGCUGAUGGAGUUUUUCAUGCGACACCUGCCGCAGUCCGAGCAAGUCAAGCUGCAGCUGUCCAGCGAGCGGAAUCUGCAUGUGCCGAGCUCGCAGUACCAAAACGAAGACUACUUGCUGUUUGGCAGGUUUCUCGUCACCUUUCGAUUCAUCGGUGGUGCUGGCGGCAACCAGACGCGUGACAAUCUCGUUCAAGGCGUGAGCUUGUCGGCGGCGGCGCGAACUGCUCUGCUGUCUCGCUUGAGCGCAUUGCUGCAAGCGCGAAACGAGACCAUCCCGGACGCGGAGCUAGACGUGCUCUACCGCAAGCCGGACAUUGUGGUCAUCAACUCUGGCUUGUGGGACUCGCGCUCAUCCUCUCCUUCCUACCGUCCAAACUACUAUGGUAGCAUGCACAUGUGGCGACGCGUGCUGCAAGAGCAGCUUGGCCUCGAUGCGAAACAGCUGUACUGGCGGAGCUCGACGCCCGUGUCGCCCGAGCUGCAUGUGACCGACCAGCAGCGCAAAAACAUGACCAACGAACGGAUUGCCGAGCUCAACUGGAUUGCGCAUGAUGUUCUCGUACGGCAAGCGCAUUGGCACAGCAUUGACGCGUUCACGGCGGUCGGCGGCUUUGUUCCGCCUGUCGACGCGAUCAGCUACGAUGGCUAUCAUCCGACGACCCUUGCAUCCUGUGCGCUGAACGACAUGGUAUUUGGAGCAAUAUGUGACAAAGAGGCCUCUCCGCUAUGACAUUCCGUGUCAUUGUCCAUCGCAUACGCCCUCUUUUUGCGAGCCUUUUUGUACGUCAUCCCCCCCCCCAACUCGUCAAUGUUAAUACACCGUGCGAUCUGCC